AUAGCGGAUCCUUACUACAUGCGUGAAAGCCAGUUGAACUUAUCAGCGGUGCGGGUACGGGCUUCGUUGUACCUACAGAAGUGCUUCUUGGACAACAAGAGGAAGGACAACAUCCUCUUGGCUUACUUUCCCGAAGACACGCACUGCGUACUCAUCUCCAUUGCCCCGAAGUUUUCUCUUGCCACCUAUUUCGACUCGGGGAGUGCGAAAAAGAAGAACUACGCCAGAAUAAGGGGUGUGCUAGAUGAUGCUCUCGAGGGCUACUUCAAAAAGGGAGGCGCCUUCAAAGAAAAGGCGGAAUGUUUCAGGGAUGAUGGUAAACACAAGUUCAAGCACGUGUUCGAGUUCCCCUGUGUCAAGCAGCCGGAAAACAGCACUCUGGACGCCUUCUAUGUCAUGCAUCACCUAAAAGGGUUUGUCCGGGAUAGCCAGAACUUGCGUUUACCAUCUGCUCUCCGAGGAUGGGCCGAAAAGUUGGCGCGGAUCAACGAUGAUGACCUCAGAGAAGACUUCCAGGAUACCAGGGUCAAGUUAUCACAUAUCAUCACUCAAGACGUCACCACAGGGGGAGGGCCCUUGCACCAGGGUAGAGCGUUAUGCAAGAGGGACAUCGAGCAACGCCUCAAAGCGCAGGGUGACACAAGGACGUGGAUUACAAAAGAUCUGUACAAGCCGUUCCCGGAGCCCUGCGAGCCUUGACUUAGUGUGUGAUAAACUAGCUAUCUUCAUCGGUUAGUUUGUAUAUAUAUCGAUGGACGUGGUCUUUUGUGUGGGUCGUAAUUAAACUCUAAGUACUAUGUUCAUCGGUUUAUGUGUAUCGGUGGACGUCGUCUUGUGUGUGCGUGUCGCAAACUUAUUGUUGCCGUGCUCAACUUUACUAUAUACUUUGGUCUAAUAUUUAUCAACAUAUAUAUAUAUGCAUGAUGUACUAAUAUGAUAUACUAAUAUGCCCUUGUCAAUAGAGAUGCCGACGUACGUUGUGUACAAGGGUCGGGUUCCAGGUGUCUACGAGGAGUGGCAGGACUGUCUCGAACAGGUGCACAAGUUCAGCGGGAACAGCUACAAGGGAUACGCGACUAGAGAGGAGGCGGUAGCACAGUGGAGGGCACACGUGGGCAAGAAGAAGAACCGGCUGAAGUUCUUGGUCCCCCUCUUACUCACCGCCACCGCGGUUGUACUCUACUUUACUUUAGUCUAGGUGGCCGGUGACGAUGCAUGUGCAUAUGAGACGAGAUG